GGCAUCCCUAGCAAGCCGCCGGGGCCGGGGCCGCCGCCGCAUUUAUCGCCACAAGCUCAUAGCUACCUCGCGGUCUUUCUGACUGGUCGUAGAUCGCGCCAUGGCGUUCAGCUUCGGCGCGCCAACGGCGACCGCUGCUCCGACCUUUGGCGCGCCCGCUCCAGCGGCGGGUGGUUUCUCCUUUGGCGCCGCGACGGCGGCGCCCGCUGGAGGAGGAUUUUUCGGGGGCGCCGCCGCUGGGCAGAAGCCCGCGACGGGUUUGUUCGGCGCUCCGGCCGCGGCGCCGGCCGCCGGGCUAUUUGGCGCACCCGCCGCGGCGCCCGCUGGCGGCCUCUUCGGAGCGCCCGCCGCGGC